CAAGUCUACCAGGAGUAGAGCAACCUCAGUGAUGGAAACUACAGAAGAGGGGAAGCUCAACAAUGUGGAACAUCUGACACUUAUGGACUUCCUUCAAAACCUAACUGAGAAGCAAUGGAGGGGGAUUCGUGAGGGCAUGUUUGACCCGCUGACAAAACAACAGCUUGCCGGCUUGUGUCUGAGGAUUGUCCAGUUUUUAUCGGACAAGCUGAUGCAGAUCAUCAUCCCAGGUCUUUACGAACUACUGGGCAUCCAAGAUGCUGCCUCCUCUCCAUUGUCACAGAGAUCUCUCACAGCGUCACUCACCAGUCUGUUAGACGAUAAGACUAACACCAAGACCCGCGUGAGAUUUACUGAGGCUGGUGUACCUAAGAGGCCAGGCAGUCGAAAGUCUUACAAUAGCUUUCGCAUCCCGACUCCCUACCCUUCCUCCAACUGUAUGGAGCAGGAAGAGGAAGAAGAGCAGGAAUCACAACUUAAGUUCAAGGAGAUUUACCUGACUAAGGGCAGUGGAAGCUACCUGCCCAAUGGGGCCAUGAGGUAUGUUCUUAAAGGGAAAUUUAACAACUUCAUAUUCAUCUCCAGCAUCACCAUAUGUGAAAAUUACACAUUUCCAUGCUUUGUAGUAAACAAAAUAUAGAGGGACGUAACUGUUUCCAAUAGUGCUGA